AUGUCCGAGGAGCCUGAGACCCUGGACUCGCAGGCACAUGCACAUGUUGAUGAUGGAAGAACAUCUGCAGAACAGGACGCGCACGAUAUGGAUGGGCACGAAAGCGUCCCUACGAAUGAGGUCGUAAAGCACAAUGCGGAUGAAGAUGUGGUCGCCACUGCACAUAGUCAAGAGCAGCCGCAAGCAAUAGGGGAGGAGGAACUGGAACACGCUGAGCCUGCCGACAACGAGCACCUGCCACGACAGCAUGCCGCAACUCCCCCGAAUGAGCCGAGUGUUGCGACACCGACCGACGCAGCAGAUACACCUGCCCCGAGAGAAUCCGCGCCGAGUACACCCUCCUCGCAACGAAUACCGGACAUCCGUCACCGAACAGACUCGCAAUCAACAACAGCGACCAAUGCCACCCGGACAUCCGCGCGAUCGACCAGAAGCAGCAUGGUCUUCGUCGUUGCGGCGCUGGAGAGCAUCGCAGCUUCGAAAGAUGCGAAGAAACGAAAGGCGUUGGCCGAGUCCACGCAGCGAGCACUGCAGGCCAUACGCAGUGCCCAGGGCGAUGCUGCGCAGAUCAGUCCUGAGAUCAUGUUUGAGCCACUGAACUUGGCGACAGAGGCGGCGACAGGAUCGGUGGUGGUCACAGCACUCGAUUGCAUUGGCAAGCUGAUCAGCUACUCCUACUUCUCUGCGCCCGCCGCAACUGGAGGCGAAGUGCCUGAGCAGCAGAAGACACCAUUGAUCGAACGCGCCAUCGAUGCCAUAUGCGACUGUUUUCAGGGCGAGGCCACUCCUUCCGAAGUACAGAUGCAGAUUAUUAAGAGCUUGCUGGCAGCGAUAUUGAACGACAAGAUUGUGGUACACGGCGCUGGACUGCUGAAGAGUGUACGACAGACCUACAACAUCUUCCUCCUGAGCAAAAGUAGCGCGAAUCAGCAGAUCGCACAAGGCACAUUGAUGCAGAUGGUUGGCACCGUCUUCGAAAGAGUGAAGACGAGAUUGUUAUACAAAGCAUCGCGGGUGGGUGCAUCGAACGAUCGUCUGGCCAAUGGUGCUACAGGGCUACAUUCGGAUACCUCGUCGAUGGCGCACGGCGAUGAUACGGCGUCUGCGACGGAAGUUGGGACACCUCUUGAGGAGAAAGAUCAACCACAGUUGACGUUGCAAACGUUUGAGACGCGGAAGUCCUUCGAUGACGCUCGGAUAGGUGAUAAUGCGCCCACCACGGUAUCCCGGGCGAAGAAACAUAGCAAGCGGCCAUCUCGAUCUGGUUCAGGGAACGAGAUACCUUCAAUCACCGUUCAAAGCGAAGGCGAUGAUGCUGUCUCCGAAGAUGACGAGGAAGACGAGAUCUACAUCAAAGACGCAUACUUGAUCUUCCGUGCGAUGUGCAAGCUUUCCACGAAGGCACUGCGCGUGGAGGAUGCCGUGGACAUCAAGUCGCAAGGGAUGCGCUCAAAGCUGCUGAGCUUGCACAUUAUCCACACUGUGCUGUUCAAUCACUCCAUCGUUUUCACAUCGCCACAUGCAACUAUACGAGCAUCGUCGAACAGUGAUCCAAGCGGCUUCACGCAGGCCAGCAAGCAGUACCUAUGCUUGAGCCUAAGUCGUAACGGUGCCAGCAACAUUACCAAAGUCUUCGAAGUCGCAGCAGAGAUAUUCUGGCUGAUGAUCAAGCAUCUCAGAUCGCAGCUGAAGCCAGAGUUGCAGGUGUUCCUCAAGGAAGUGUAUCUAUCCAUUCUGGAGAAGCGUGCGGCACCUUGGUGGCAGAAGAGCUACAUCAUCCAACACAUCUUCGGCCGUGUUGGCUCCGAUGCAAAGGCGCUGGUGGAGAUCUACUUGAACUACGAUUGCGACCGCCAAGCGCUAGACAACAUCUAUCAGCGCAUAAUCGAGCACGUCAGUCGGAUAGCGAGCCAACCGAUUAACGUCAAUGGCUUACAACAGCAAGCAUACCAAGACAGCAUGGCAAAACAGAACAGUGCUUUGACCGACUGGCGAGAUCGGGGAACCAUGCCACCGAGCUUGGCGACUGCUUCCAUGACUGCGCCGAACGACACAGAGCAAGUCUACCCGCCGGAGUAUGCUUUGAAGAUGCAAGGUCUGGAAUGCUUGGUGGAAACAUUGAGAAGCAUGGUGAAUUGGGGACAACAGACCUCAGCAGAGACACCGACAAACGCCUCCGAGGUCGAAGGACGCAAUUCCACUGACGAUCUCCGGGGCAGCCUCGAUACACGGGCUGAAGCUGGUGCAAGUGGUGCCUCUAUUGAUGGAAUGCCGCCUGGUACGCCAGGUCUAUCUGAUACACCUGUGGCGGAAGAUGACCCGGCGGAGUUGGAGAAAGUGAAGCAAAGGAAAACGGCCCUUAACAAUGCCAUUCGAGCCUUCAACUUCAAGCCGAAGCGUGGUAUCAAGAUGCUGAUAUCUGACGGCUUCAUCCCCUCCUCCGAUCCCACAGACAUUGCACACUUCUUCCUCGGCAACGAGCGAGUGAACAAGAAGUCGCUUGGUGAGUUCCUGGGAGAGGGCAAUGAGGAGAACAUCAAGAUCAUGCAUGCAUUCGUCGAUCAGAUGGACUUUGCUCGCACGCGUUUCGUGGAUGCUCUUCGUCGAUUCUUGCAAUCGUUCCGACUGCCCGGAGAGGCACAGAAGAUCGAUCGUCUGAUGCUCAAGUUCGCCGAGCGUUACACGACGGGCAAUCCGAAUGCCUUUGCGAAUGCCGACACAGCCUACGUGCUUGCAUACAGUGUCAUCAUGCUGAACACAGACCAGCAUUCCGCGCAGGUCAAGAAGCGCAUGACGCCCGAAGACUUCAUCAAGAACAACCGUGGCAUCAACGAUAAUGCCAACUUGCCUGACGAAUACCUGCAGGGCAUAUUCGAAGAGAUUGCGCAGAACGAGAUUGUGCUCGACACAGAGCGGGAGAACGCCGCAAAUCUUGGCAUACUUCCUCAGCAAGGGACCGGGUUGGUGAACGCUUUGGCGAAUGUCGGACGUGAUUUCCAGCGAGAAGCCUCGAUCCAGGCCAGCCAGGAGAUGAGCAACCGCACUGAGCAAAUGUUCAAGACGCUUCUCCGAGGACAGAAACGAGCUGGCGCGGCGGGCAAGGGCAGAUUCCUCAUUGCGAGCUCUUCUAAGCACGUAGGACCUAUGUUCGACGUUGCAUGGAUGAGCUACCUCACAGCAUUAUCGGGCUCAGCACAGGAGUCCCAGAAUCAGGAGACUAUCAGGCUUUGUAUGGAAGGACAAAAGCUGGCAAUACGGCUGUCGUGCAUGUUCGACCUGGGAGAUCCCCGACAGGCAUUUGUGUCCAGUCUGUCCAGAAGCACGAACCUGUACAACCUGUCUGAGAUGCAAGCCAAGAAUGUCGAAGGACUUCGAGCCCUGAUCGAGAUCGCUUACACAGAGGGCAACCAUCUCAAAGAGAGCUGGCGAGAUAUUCUCACCUGCAUUUCUCAGCUUGACCGAUUCCAGCUCAUCUCAAGCGGUGUCGAAGAAGGGGUUGUACCAGAUAUGCUUCGAGCACAAAGCACGCCGCAAAGUCCUUCCACUAAUGGUGGUAAUCGAAAGGGUAUGGCGCUUAACAGACGGCCGACCGCGCGACAAGCAACCAGCGGCACAUAUCACAGUGAGAUUGCGGUGGAGUCACGCAGCGCCGACAUGAUCAGAGGUGUCGACCGCAUCUUCACAAACACCGCGAAUCUUUCAGGUGAAGCUAUCGUUGAUUUCGUCAAAGCGCUCACGCAAGUCAGCUGGCAAGAGAUCCAGUCCUCUGGACUAUCUGAAUCGCCCCGGACUUACAGCUUGCAGAAGCUCGUCGAAAUCUCUGGAUACAACAUGCUUCGUGUCAGGUUCGAGUGGACGAACAUAUGGCAGAUUCUUGGUCAACACUUUAUCGACGUUGGCUGUCAUAACAAUACCCAUGUCGUGUACUUUGCGCUUAACAGCUUACGACAGUUGAGUAUGCGUUUCAUGGAGAUCGAGGAGCUGCCCGGGUUUAAGUUUCAGAAGGACUUCAUGAAGCCCUUCGAGCUGAUCUUGAGCAACGCUUCGCAAGUUGCUGUCAAGGACAUGGUUUUGCGAUGUCUCAUUCAAAUGAUACAGGCACGCGGCGACAUGAUCCGAUCCGGUUGGCGUACUAUGUUCGGUGUGUUCACUGUCGCGGCCCGGGAACCCUACGAAGCCAUUGUUAACCUUGCAUUUGAUAAUGUGACGCAAGUCUACAACGACCGUUUCGGCGUCGUUCUGACACAAGGUGCUUUUGCCGAUCUUGUGGUCUGCUUGACAGAAUUCAGCAAGAACAUGAAGUUCCAGAAGAAGAGCCUGCAGGCGAUCGAGACCCUCAAAGCAUGCGUGCCCAAACUGUUACGUACACCGGAGUGCCCGCUGUCGCAGAACGUGUCUGGUGUGAAGGAUGCGCCCCAGGCAGAAGGCAUACCCAAGCAGCCCAUUCGUCAGACGCAGGAAGAGCAGUAUUGGUUCCCAGUUCUGUUCGCCUUUCACGAUGUCCUCAUGACUGGCGAGGACCUCGAGGUUCGUUCGCGAGCACUAAAUUACCUUUUCGACACGCUUACGAAGUAUGGUGGCACCUUCCCACGCGAUUUCUGGGACACCCUCUGGCGACAAUUGUUAUACCCCAUCUUCAUGGUGUUGAAGGACAGGAAGGCCAUCAACCACGAAGCGUUAAACCAAGAAGAGCUCUCUGUUUGGCUCUCGACUACCUUGAUCCAGGCUCUGAGAAACAUGAUCAGCCUGUUCACCCACUUCUUUGAAAGUCUUGAAUACAUGCUUGAUCGUUUCUUGAACCUCCUGGCUCUGUGCAUUUGUCAGGAGAAUGACACACUGGCCCGCAUCGGCAGCAAUUGCCUACAGCAGCUGAUUCUACAGAAUGUCAAGAAAUUCACACCCGGGCACUGGGAGAAGAUUGUCGGCUCUUUCGAGGAACUGUUCAACAGCACCGAGGCCAAGGAGCUCUUCUCGGCUGCAACGUCAGCAUCAUACAGCAAGGAAGGUUCCUACUCGAACGGUGGUUCGAAGGAUCCAUCCAAUCCAGACAAACAUGCUGUCGCCGAGAACCCUUUGAAGAUCAAUGGAUUGGACGGCGAGGACUCCUCGUUGAACGGCGAUAACAGACACGAAAGCCUACGAGCAGAUUCCAACAGUCUUGCUCUCUCCGACGGUGAUGAGCGUAGUCCGUCGCCAGCGCCUUCUCGGAAACAGUCUGAGCUGGAAGACUUUGCUGCGAUCACACCCAAACAGCAAGCGCCAAUUGUCGUCACGGCCGCUCGACGUCGCUACUUCAACCAGAUCAUCACGAAGUGCGUCCUCCAGCUGCUCAUGAUUGAGACUGUCUCGGAACUCUUCAACAACGACGCAGUAUAUGCCUCGAUUCCGUCUCAUCUGCUCCUACGACUCAUGAAGCUACUGAAGACAUCCUACCACUUCGCUAAACGCUUCAAUGAAGACCGCGGCCUUCGCACCAGGCUCUUCCGGGAAGGCUUCAUGAAGCAACCGCCCAACCUUCUCAAGCAAGAGAGUGGCAGUGCUAGUGUCUACGUGCUCAUCUUGCUUCGGAUGUAUGCCGACUCCAGCGAUUCGCGAGCAGCCUCGAAACCGGAGACUGAAGCAGCCCUCAUUCCACUCUGCAGCGACAUAAUCGCCUCGUACAUCUCUCUCGACGAGGAAACACAGCAACGCAACAUCCAGACAUGGCGACCUGUCGUCAUCGACGUUCUCGAGGGGUACACCGGCUUCGCAGACCCGGAGUUCAACAAGCACGUGCAGACUUUCGCACCACUGGCUGUCGGACUCAUGAACCGCGACAUGGGGCCAGAACUCCAGCGAGCCGUCCAAGGCGUGUGGCAGAGAGUCUGCGAGGUCAAGCUCGGCAUUGAGAAGAACGAUCACACGUCCUUCGUCUCGCCCACUAGUCCAAACGUUAGACCUGGCGUGUUUGGGACACGAAGGGGCAGUAAGCAGAGCUUGCAGCAGGCUUAG